GAAAAGGAAAGGAAAAGCACAGCUGCUCUACUUCUUCAGCAGAAGGCCGCCCUUGAGGCCAAGGCCCAGCGAGGAGACGCCCAGCGUGGAGACGCCCAGUGGGGCGCCGAUGAUGGCUCGGCUGCCCAGAAGGCCGGGGGCGGCAACGCCCAGGGUGGACACGCCGCCGAUGAGGGGCGAGCCGAGGGUGGUGACGCCACCGCCGAUCAAGGGGGCGCCGAGGGUGCUGACGCCCCAAGGAGCGCCGAUGCUUCGGGUGGUGAUGGCAGAGCUGAGGCCGAUGGGGGCACCGAGCGUGGACACGCCGCCGAUCAGCGGGGCACCGAGGGUGGACACGCCGCCGAUGAGGGGGGCGCCGAGGGUGCUAACGCCCCAGGGAGCGCCGAUGCUUCGGGUGGUGAUGGCAGAGCUGAGGCCGAUGGGGGCACCGAGCGUGGACACGCCGCCGAUGAGCGGGGCACCGAGGGUGCUGACGCCCAGUGGGGCGCCGACGAGGCCGACGGUGGCGGUGGCGGAGGCGGCCACGGAGAGCAGGGCGAGGACAGCCUAAAAGAGAUUGAAAGAAGAUUGGGUUAA